AUGAAUUUUUGCCGGGUGAUGGUCGGCACUGGGGUCUUGGCAUUGCCGUUGGCGUACAAACAAAGUGGAACAAUCGUAGCCAUCCUACUUAUUUUAUUUGCGGGCUUCUUCUUCACCUACGUCAGCUGUGAGAAGAUUGUCAUUUCGGCCCUGGCUUUGGCAAAAAGACACGGCUACGCAUCCCUCGAUUACGGUAAUGUAGCGGAAAACGCAUUUCGACACAGUUUCGAUUCGAUAAAACGUUAUGGGUGGUUGGCCAGGCUCUUUACCAACGGCUCCAUCCUGUUAAUGCAGCUUGGCAUUGCGGCAGUUUAUACCGUAUUUAUUAAGGAGCAUUUCGAGGAGAUAGCCGAGCGAAUUUUUCCGAGCCACAACCUCUCUGGGUCGAUAUUCUUUGGCUUGGCGUUGGCUGGGUGCUGUCUAAUCGUGAUGAUUCGGGAUCUACGUUUUAUUACGAAUGUCUCCACCUUUGGGAAUGUGGCCAUGACAAUUGUGUUGAUUAUGGUGAUACAGGAUCUGGUCCGCCCUCCGUACGCUUCUGGGCAACAUCUAGCUUCGCCCAGUCUCCCCUCGAUCAUCGCCGCCGCCGGGAACGUUGUCUACGCGUUUUGCUCUCAUGCUGUGGUCCUUCCCCUUGCGAACAAAAUGAAGGAACCCAAAGAAAUGUCAGGCCACCGAGGAGUUUUAUCUCUUGGUUGUUCAGUCGUUACGAUUUUGUACGCGUUGGUCGGCUUCUUUGGCUACUUGAAAUACGGUGAUGCUGUGCGUGGAUCAGUAACCCUGAAUUUACCGGAUACUACGUUUUACUUCAUCAUCCGCAUUUUCCUUGUUCUCGUUGUUUUCACAUCCUAUUUGAUCCAACAUUUUGUCUUGGUCGACAUGACCUGGCCACGGAUACAAAAUGCCUACGGUGCAAAUAACUUCCUGAUCAACUACCCGGGGACGGCUGAACGGAUGUUGUGCAUAGUGUUCGUGCUGGCUGCAUUUUUGCUAGCCGUCCUAGUACCGGAUCUGGGCCGGAUCACGUCUUUGGUUGGAGUUACGGCAGGCUGCUUUCUCGGCUUCAUCAUCCCAGCCGCCAUCCACACCGCCACAUUCCUCCCCGAAUAUCUUGCGGAUCGCGAUUAUCGAUCCCUAGCUUUGCAUAUGUCGACAAAUUGCGCAUUUUUCAUCUGUGGCAUCUUUUUCACGAUUGCUGGCAUUUACAGUAAUUGCGCAAAUGAAGCUCUGAUGAAUUUUGCUCGGGUGCUGGUUGGUACUGGAGUUUUAGCCCUGCCGCUGGCUUUCAAGGAAGGGGGAUCACUGAUAGCGAUCGCCAUCGUAAUCUGGGGUGGCUUUUUCUUUACCUAUAUGGCUGGUGAGAAAUUGGUCGCCUCGGCUGUUUACUUAGCAGAAAGGCACGGUAUCACAACGAUUGACUACGGUGGUGUCGCGGAAAAUGCGUUCAAAUUCAGCCUACCAUCGUGGAGAAAAUAUGGUGCUAUUGCUAGAACCUUCACCAACACCGCUAUAAUUUCAAUGCAACUUGGGGCCUCCGCGGUUUAUAUGGUUUUUAUUAAGGAGCAUCUCCAGGAGAUAGCUGCAAGGCUUCUUCCUGGAAAUGAAAUCUCAGACUCCAGCUUUCUAUUCAUCUCUGUGUUCUGUCUAUGUCUGAUCGUAAUGAUUCGAGAUCUCCGAUUUAUCAGUCGUGUUUCCGCUGUUGGAAACGUUAUAAUGGUCAUUAUAAUGUUGAUGGUUUUCCAGGACUUGGUCCGCCCACCCUAUGCAUCCGGCCAAAUACUUGUCACCACUAGUGCCGGUUCGAUUAUAUCCGCCUCUGGCAAUAUUAUCUACGCGUUUUGUUGCCAGGCGAUUGUCCUACCGCUUGCCAAUAAAAUGCGACAACCCCGGCAAAUGCUUGGUUCUCGAGGCGUACUGUCCAUCGGAUGUUCUGUAGUUACAAUUCUAUACGGUCUCAUUGGCUUCUUUGGCUACCUGAAGUAUGGAGAUGCUGUCAGGGGCGCGAUUACGCUAAACUUGCCGGACACGACGUUCUACUUUUACAUCCGUGUCUUCCUCGUCCUAUCCGUAUUCACCACAUUUUUAAUCCAACACUUUAUCGUGAUUGAUAUGUCGUGGCCUUGGAUACAGAAAAAAUUUUCUGGUGAUACUCUGGUCACUCGAUUCCCCGGGACCUGUGAAAGGAUCCUGUGCAUCAUCGUUGUCUUUGCGGCUUUCCUGCUGGCCGUGUUGGUGCCGAAUUUAGGACGAAUCACUUCACUGGUUGGCGUCACCGCAGGUUGUCUACUCGGCUUCACCAUCCCUGCUUGCAUCCACGCGGCCACCUUUUUGCCUGAAAUCCUUGAAAAGCAGGACUUCUUCCAUUUCGCCCAGCAUGUGUGAGGCAAAAAGUUCAAGCCGGGCAAGGCCUACUCGUUCGACCUGAAGCUGUUCAAGCCCACUGGCAAUGAUUACCCGGUUUUUAACGGAGACGUGAUGCGGGAGCUUCAGGACAAAGUCGAUUCGGCCAAGACGGCAGAAGGAAAAGCCAAGUACCAAGCCAAGCUAGACUUUGCCUGCUCUGGGCAAUGGAAGCCUGUACCAUCGGUCGAAGAAGAAACGGACGUUCAUUACGGCGGAUACGACGUGGAUGAUCCGUUCAUUGACGAUGCUGAUCCGGAGGACGAGCGCCCGAUCCCGCAGGCCUACAUCGAUUCGCUGGGCGGCUUCUUCAUUUGCAAUGGUACCCUCCAAGUAAAACACGGCCCAUUCGACGACCCGAACGCGGAAGCACGUAAAUCGGAGCAGCAGGCACUUAGACAAGCUGUCGAAAUGGAGAAGCGCUAUGAAAAGGAGCGAGAAUUCAGGAAGAAACGGAAGCUAGAAGCGCUAGCCUCAGAAGGACAUGACAAGGCUAAGCUACGAAAACUGGCCGAGCAAGUUAUGGACAGCGAAUCGUCAGAUGAAUCGGAUUCCGAUGAGGGUUCCGGAUCUGAGCCUGAGCUCCAACCAUUGGAUGGCAGGUCGGGGUCCCCUGGUCCGAGCUCAUCCAGAGAUGCGAACCGAGAAACCGAACCGUCGGAUUAUCCCAAGAAAAAGCGCAACGAGAUCAGCGAGGCGACGAAGAAGCUUAUUGCUACGUUUAUGAAGCAAACCAAGGGUGCGGCUAUGCUCGAGAAGAAGAAGCGACUUACACCCGAACAAGUAAUGAUGGUCAUCGAAAUCGAGGACAACAUGAUCCGUGAAAAAUUGAAUACCCACGAAAGGAGCCACUACAUCCGCCAAAUUGCCGAACAUGUCGGGAUGCAGAAGCAAACGCUUUAUAUGAGGCUCCGCAAGGCUCGUGAUAAUCCGAAAGGCGGUCAUGCCGAUGAAAAUGGCAGCAGCAGUGUGGUGGAAAAGCCGGCGGCUAAACCAGCACCUGCCGCUACUACCGAAGCUUCCGACCCCGACAUCUUCAUCAUCGAAAAACCCAAACCGCAAAGCCCCACGAAAGCUGUGGUAGCUGAACCUGCCAAGCGUCCGGAGCUUGCGAAGCCAACCCCAGCUGAGCCAACGAAGCCGACUGCGGCUGCUUCAAAACCGGCUGCGAAAAUCAACCCUCACUGCCAGAAAUCUGCCGCCAUGAUGGACGACGCGAUGAACGAGCUCGCCAUGUUGGAGGCGUACAGCGCGAUCACGCAAAAGACUACUCCAAAUGCUCCGAAGCCGGAUAUGACGGCCGCUGCUGCGAAAUUCAAAAAAGCCGUCACCCAAGCCACUUAUGCCCUCCUGAACGCUCAUGCUAAAAAGGAGGCGGGCUGCGAACCUGGAAAAAUGCAAGAGGAUUUCUACGAAAUGAUCCGCAUCGCUCAUCAGAAGCACCCAUCCAUUUCGGAAGAACGAAUCCUGAAAACGGCUGACGACUCAUUUGGCAAGGAUCUCCAGCAAACCAUCGCGGAUGCCGACGCCCUGGUCAUGAAUGGAGCCGCAAAGCCCCAGAAGCCAGAAGCAUCGAUUUCCAAGCCCUCAACGUCAACGUCUACCAUGCCAACGUUAUUGCCUCAAAAACCGAGUUCAUCUACCACCACCACAUCAACACCAACAAAGCAGCCGAGUACUUCUCAGCCACCUACUCCAAGCAAGUCAGCCCUCCCUACGGUGAACAGUGCGCAGCUCGAAGUUGCCGAGAAGGUGGCAAAGUUAAUCGGCUAUUCCUCGAGUCAACAACUCUUCUCGGCCCUCCAGGACCCGAAAAGAAGUGGACCGCUACAAAUGCUGAUUAAGAGUAACCCACUUGCUCUGCAAUUGAUGCAACAAGGCCUUGCCCCAUCCACCCCAUCCCCUCAAAAAGAAGCCGAGGAAAAAAUGAAGAAGCUGGCGGAGAAGCUGAAGAAGGAGAAAGAGGAAGCGGAGAAGGCACGGAAGGAGCGAGAAGAGCGCGCGCAAAAAGCCCGACUUGAGAAAGAAGAACAAAAACGAAAGGAAAAGGAGGAGAAGCAACGGCAAAAAGGAGGCGAAAAGGCCCGACGAAUCGAGGAGGAACGUCAAAAACGUAUCGCUGAGCAAGAGGCCCAAGAAAAGCUACGGAAGCAAAUGGCUCAACAGGCGUCUAGAGAGGAAGAAGAACGGGCGAUGGCGGCAUUGAUGGAAGAUUUGGAUGAGGAGGACCCGGAGAGGCAGGAGGCCGAGGCGAGAGCUGAAGCCGAUAAGAGGGAAUCGGUCCCAACACCACCAGCUCAACCAACCACCAAUCUCGAUUGGAUCUCCUCUUUCCAAGAAUCACCUCGACACCGCAGCAAUACAAAUUCCUCGCAACAAAAUUCCCAAGUCGAAACCAAGCCAUUGAUCCACCACGAACCUGCUUCACCGGUGAUCCAGAUGAAUUCUGGAGGCUCUAUGUUUUCCGGCUCUCCGGCGAUGCAGCGACAGAAUUCGGGCCACAACAUUGCUGGCCAAGCUGGAGGGUCACCGAUCAAAAACUUCCAGACCCAGAGCCCAGCCUACUCUCACACCCAGAGCCCGAUGAAUUAUGGAAAUCUACCGACCUCAAGCCCGAUGAGCCAUACGAGCCAUAACAGCCAUCCGAGCCAGCAUGGCGCCAGCCCUUCCGGGGCCUUCAAUUUUGGAAGCCCCCAGUCAAGCUAUGGCCAGUCGCCGCAGAAUAGUCAGAUGAGCCAGAUGCGGAUGAAUCAAAUGGCUGGAGGUCAAGCCGUUCCGCAGCCGCAACAGAAUCCCCAACAAUACGGCGGCUUCUCCCCUCCAAAACAGCUGAACUCUUCGAACUCGAUGGGCUUCCAGAUGGCCGGACCUCAAAUGGGACAGCAAAAUAUGGGCCAAAUUAUGCCGAAUAGCCAGUCAAGACUGCAACAACAACAACAACAACAAACUCAAAUGGCCCAGCCGAGCGCAUAUCAACAGCAGCUGCAACAGCAGAUACAGAAGCAGCUCCAGCUUCAGCAACAACAACAACAACAAGCUCAGCAGCAGCAGGAGCUCCAGCGUCAGCAGCAAGUUCAGCAACAACAGGAGAUGCAACGGCAACAGCAAUUAAAGCAGCAGCAAGAGUUUCAAAGGCAGCAGCAACUGAAACAGCAACAGGAGCUGCAACGUCAGCAGCAGCUAAAACAGCAGCAAGAGCUCCAACGUCAGCAACAACUUCAACAACAACAACAACAACUGAUGCAGCAGCAGCAGCAGCAGCUGUUCAUGCAGCCAGGCUAUGGGCAACAAAAUCGCGCAACUCCGCAGCAAAACUUGCAACAACCGCCUGCCCAACCCUACUUCAAUAAUACGCAGUCUAACUAUCAGAAUUUCAACAACCCGCCGUUCUUC